AUGAAGGCGAUCCACAUCGAGAAGUUCGUUUCUAAUGUCGCAGACCUACAACCAUCUACCGUCCUACCCUCAACACCCAAAUCACCCCGGGAUGUCCAUAUAAAAAUCAGCCACGCCGCGGUAACACACGUCGACCUCCUCUAUGCACAGGGUCUGCAUCAAAACAACCGCAGACAUGUCCAACCACCCUUCACCCUAGGCACAGAGUUCUCGGGCGUCGUGACCCAUAGCCCAGAAGAUUGUUCAUUCAAACCCGGCGAUCGUGUCUUUGGCGGAGGUCUAGGCGCCUAUGCGGAACAGAUAUGUGUCCCUGAAGAUGCCGUCCGUCGUGUCCCAUCUCAGUGGACGAAUGCCGAAGCAUGUGCAGUAGGCGCAAGUGGUGCGGUCAGCUAUGGUGCUUUACUCUCCGUUGCGCAACUUCAAGCUGGAGAGACGGUACUUGUACUUGGUGCCAGUGGUGGACUAGGUGUCAUGGCUGUGCAGAUUGCAAAGGCUAUUGGUUGCAAGGUCAUUGCUGUCGUUGGCGGAUCUGAAAAAGCUGGGGUGGUUAAGGGGAUCGGUGCGGAUGUUAUUGUGGACUAUGGAGACGAGGGGUGGGAAAACAGGGUUAGGGAGGCGACUAACGGUGGAGAGGGGGUGGAUGUUGUGUAUGAUGGGAUUGGGGCUGUGGAGAGUGGGAUCAAGUGCCUGAAGUAUCGGGGACGAUUGGUUGUGGUAGGAUUCGCAGCCAGGAAUGGGAGCAUUGAAAAUGUAAGGACCAAUCGAAUUCUGCUCAAGGGAGUUGCAGUACUUGGUUAUCGGUUUGGAGAAGACGGCAGGAGAGACCCGCAAAGAACGAAGGAUGUUUGGGACGGCUUUAUUAAGCUAGUAGAUGAUGGGAAGAUACGGCCUACCAUAUACAAGGAGGAGUAUGCUGGGUUAGAGACGGUCAGUAAGGCGCUGGAAGAUGUAAAGGCGCGGAAGGCAUGGGGCAGGUCUGUGGUAAGGAUAUGCGAUGAGGAACAGAUGCGCGAGAAUGGUGGACAGAAGGCGAGGCUAUGA